UGGUGAUUUUGGAAAUCAAACUCUUUUUUCUUUUUUUAAUUAAUUUCUGGAUUGAUGUUAGAAAUAUAGCAUCAAUGUCAGAGGCUUGGGAACUUUCUAGUCUGGUUCACAAGCUCAAUAACAUACACAAUCACCUUCAGACUCAGCUUGCCCUUUUACAUAAGCAGAUGGAUGAUAACAAACAAACUGAAGCUUUCGAGACACUUGUGCGCCUUUUUGAUGCAUCUCACGCUGACAACUUGGAAAUUCUUCAAGGUUUGUUUGACUUCAAGGAUGAUCAACUGCCACUCCUUGAUUGUUCUACCAAGCAAAGGGUAAGCAGUGAUGCAUUGAGGAGUAAAAUUGUGCUGCUAUUCAUAUCAGAUCUCGAUCUCUCUGACCAAGAGAUCAUGAUUCUUGGACAUAUGCAUCUCGAGUCACGUGAGGAACCAGACAUGUUUCCUAUUCCAUACGAAGUCGUUUGGUUUCCAGUUGUGAACAAGGCAACCCCAUGUACUGAAGUGAAACGGAAGAAGUUGGAGGACCUACGAUCAACAAUGCCAUGGUACUCAAUUUAUGAUCCUUGGCAGAUAGAGCAAGCAGUCAUUAAGUACAUUAAAGAUAUUUGGCAUUUCAAGAAGAAGCCCAUACUUGUUGUGUUGGACCAGCAAGGAAAGGUUGUCAACCUAAAUGCUUUACACAUUAUGUGGAUUUGGGGAUGCUUAGCAUAUCCUUUCGCAGUUUCUGACGAGGAAUCCAUUUGGGCGAAACAAACAUGGGGACUCCAGCUAUUGGCAGAUGUGUUUUGUCCACUAAGCUGGAUAUCAGAAGGGAAAUACGUAUGCUUGUAUGGAGGUGAAGAUCUUGAGUGGAUUAGGAAAUUCACAAGAGGCGCAUAUGCUAUGGCUGAGACUCUGGAAAUCCCACUGGAAAUGAUAUACAUAGGGAGAAGCAAUCCAGGGGAGAAAGUUAAGAAGAACACGGAAGCUAUAAUUUCAGAGAAGCUGAGCAGUACACUGGAGGACCUGACAUUAAUAUGGUACUUCUGGGUUAGAGUAGAAAGCAUGUGGCACUCCAAGUUACAGCAGGGGAAAACAGUAGAGAGUGACCCAAUAAUGCAGGAAGUGAUGACAAUUGUGAGCUUUGAUCGAAGCGAGGAAGGAUGGGCUGUGAUGGGCAGAGGAACAGAGAAGAUGGUGAAAGCAAAAGGAGAAACAUUCCUGAAAUGUGUUAAUGAGUAUCAGAAAUGGAAGGACAAGGCAAAAGAGAAAGGGGUUUUGAUAGCAAUGGAAGAAUAUAUACAAGAGCUAAGAACCCCACACCAUUGUAAUAGGUUGAUAGUUCCAGGAAGCAAUGGCAGAAGCCUAGAAGAAGUGACCUGUGCUGAAUGUGGCCGUCCCAUGGAAAGCUCUUCAUGUACCGUUGCUGCAAUGAUUAUUGAUUCAACUCUUAAAUAUAGAUCAUACAAUCCAAGUAGUGUACUUUUUUGGAUUCUCAAGACAG